UCCCUCCAAGAAGAGCACGCCCUCUCCUCCGGCUCUUCUUCUCCACCACCACCACCUCCUCCUCCUAGUGCUGCCGCGCGGCGCCCCUAACCACCACAUCACAGCGAGCAAUGGCGGGCAACGGGCUGAUCGUGGAGAACGACCCGCUCAACUGGGGCGCGGCGGCGGCGGAGCUGGCCGGGAGCCACCUGGACGAGGUGAAGCGGAUGGUGGCGCAGGCCCGCCAGCCCGUGGUCAAGAUCGAGGGCUCCACCCUCCGCGUCGGCCAGGUGGCCGCCGUCGCCGCCGCCAGGGACGCGUCCGGCGUCGCCGUCGAGCUCGACGAGGAGGCCCGCCCGCGCGUCAAGGCCAGCAGCGAGUGGAUCCUCGAAUGCAUCGCCCACGGCGGCGACAUCUACGGCGUCACCACCGGGUUCGGCGGCACCUCGCACCGCCGCACCAAGGACGGGCCCGCGCUCCAGGUCGAGCUGCUCAGGCAUCUCAACGCCGGCAUCUUCGGCACCGGCCGCGACGGCCACACGCUGCCGUCGGAGGUCGUCCGCGCGGCGAUGCUCGUGCGCAUCAACACCCUCCUCCAGGGCUACUCCGGCAUCCGCUUCGAGAUCCUCGAGGCCAUCACCAAGCUGCUCAACACCGGCGUCAGCCCAUGCCUGCCGCUCCGGGGCACCAUCACCGCCUCGGGCGACCUCGUGCCGCUCUCCUACAUCGCCGGCCUCAUCACGGGCCGCCCCAACGCGCAGGCCGUCACCGUCGACGGCAGGAAGGUGGACGCCGCCGAGGCCUUCAAGAUUGCCGGCAUCGAGGGCGGCUUCUUCAAGCUCAACCCCAAGGAGGGGCUCGCCAUCGUCAACGGCACCUCCGUGGGCUCCGCGCUCGCGGCCACCGUGCUGUACGACGCCAACGUCCUCGCCGUCCUCUCCGAGGUCCUGUCCGCCGUCUUCUGCGAGGUCAUGAACGGCAAGCCCGAGUACACCGACCACCUCACCCACAAGCUCAAGCACCACCCGGGCUCCAUCGAGGCCGCCGCCAUCAUGGAGCACAUCCUCGAGGGCAGCUCCUUCAUGAAGCAGGCCAAGAAGGUCAACGAGCUCGACCCGCUGCUCAAGCCCAAGCAGGACAGGUACGCGCUCCGCACGUCGCCGCAGUGGCUCGGCCCGCAGAUCGAGGUCAUCCGCGCCGCCACCAAGUCCAUCGAGCGCGAGGUCAACUCCGUCAACGACAACCCGGUCAUCGACGUCCACCGUGGCAAGGCGCUCCACGGAGGCAACUUCCAGGGCACCCCCAUCGGUGUGUCCAUGGACAACGCCCGCCUCGCCAUCGCCAACAUCGGCAAGCUCAUGUUCGCGCAGUUCUCCGAGCUCGUGAACGAGUUCUACAACAACGGUCUCACCUCCAACCUGGCCGGCAGCCGCAACCCCAGCCUGGACUACGGGUUCAAGGGCACCGAGAUCGCCAUGGCCUCCUACUGCUCUGAGCUCCAGUACCUCGGCAACCCCAUCACCAACCACGUCCAGAGCGCGGAGCAGCACAACCAGGACGUGAACUCCCUCGGCCUCGUCUCGGCCAGGAAGACCGCCGAGGCCAUCGACAUCCUCAAGCUCAUGUCCUCCACCUACAUCGUCGCGCUCUGCCAGGCCGUCGACCUGCGCCACCUCGAGGAGAACAUCAAGACCUCCGUGAAGAACACCGUGACCCAGGUGUCCAAGAAGGUGCUGACCAUGAACCCCACCGGCGACCUCUCCGCCGCGCGCUUCAGCGAGAAGGACCUCAUCACCGCCAUCGACCGCGAGGGCGUGUUCACCUACGCCGAGGACGCGGCCAGCGCCAGCCUCCCGCUGAUGCAGAAGCUGCGCGCCGUGCUGGUGGACCACGCUCUCAGCAGCGGCGACGCCGAGCGCGAGCCCUCCGUGUUCUCCAAGAUCACCAAGUUCGAGGAGGAGCUCCGCGCGGUGCUGCCCCGGGAGGUGGAGGCCGCCCGCGUCGCCGUCGCCGAGGGCACCGCCCCCGUGCCCAACCGGAUCAAGGACAGCCGGUCGUUCCCGCUGUACCGCUUCGUCCGCGAGGAGCUCGGCUGCGUGUUCCUCACCGGCGAGAAGCUCAAGUCCCCCGGCGAGGAGUGCAACAAGGUCUUCGUCGGCAUCAGCGAGGGCAAGCUCAUCGACCCCAUGCUCGAGUGCCUCAAGGAGUGGGACGGCAAGCCCCUGCCCAUCAACUAAGCACGCCGGGCGCCGCCGCCAUCCAUGCACCCGUGCAUGGCCGGAGGAGGAGGAGAAGGAGAGGAGAGAAAAAAAAGAUACAUGAAAAAUAAAACUACACGUGUAUGUCCAGAUCGUGCCGUCGUUCUUCGAUCGUUCUUUGGAGGUGACUUUUGAUUGUGUAAUUGGUCGACGCAUAUAGUGUGCGUGUGUGGGGUUGUUCUUUGUGUAGUAGCUGAUCUGCCACCGCCUGCGAUUGGCGGGCCAGCGUUUUCUAAGAUCCUAUGCCGUUGUAUUUUGGGGUGAACCGUAUGCUAUUGCUACGUACUCAAUUCCUUCUUCUGAGUACCCAUCCUGAUAGAAUGUUUUGCUCCUACA